AUGUUUUCCUUCUUCAGCGGCGACGCCCCACCCGCCUAUGACGCUCCCGUGGGUGAAGCGUAUCCCCCCCUCGACACCUCACUCUACCGCCACCUCCGCGGAAAACGAAUCAUCCUCGCCUCCGCAUCCCCACGACGCCGCACCCUCCUUGCCCAAAUGGGCUUAGAGGACGUUGAAGUCGUCCCCUCGGGUUUCGAGGAGAACGUCGAUAAAUCACUGCUCACGCCAUGGGAGUACGUCCUCGAGACAGCGAGCCAAAAGGCGUUGAGGGUAUACGAACGCAUCGUCGCCGAGGGCGAGGAGCCUGAUCUCGUUUUGGGGUUCGACACCAUCAUUUCCUUUGGGAACACAGUCAUCGAGAAACCGCCUUCAACAGCAGCUCAUCUCACCCUCCUAAAACAACUCCGGGACUCAUCUUCCCCGCAUAAAGUCUUCACAGCCUGUGUCGCAAUCGCACCACUCACGACGCCGCGUCACCCCGGGUACUGUCUCCGCUCCCAUGUCGAAGAAACCAGCGUCAAGUUUUCGGCCUCUACUACCGACGAGUGGAUCGAAGCUUACGUCCGUUCUGGAGAGGGAAGGGAUAAAGCUGGGGGGUAUGCGAUUCAGGGGAGGGGCGCCGUGUUGGUGGAGAGGGUUGAGGGGGAUUAUGGGAAUGUUGUGGGGGUGCCGAUGAGGGGGACGUAUCAGUUGAUUGAGAGGGUGUUGUUUGAGCAGGGAGAGGAGGAGGUCGAUGGGGAGGAGGAGCAAGAAUAGAGGGAGGGGGAGGGGAUGUGUUUUUGGAUAGAUAUGUGGUGUCUUUCAGUAUUCUAGCUGGCUAGAUGCGAUGCUUU